ACAGCGAACAUUCGUGAACGUUAUAGUUGGGCGAAAUUCUUCGAUGCUACAUCUCUGUGUGUGUCUGCUUUCUCGUUAAGUAUGAUUCAAUCGCUGGCAAGCGCUUUCAAAUAAAGAUCAAACGAGACUCUGUCGACUUGGAUAUACAUUGAUAAUCAUCGAGAGAAACCAAAUCGGUUUCCUUGCACAUUUAGUUCAUUUAUCUUCUUGAGGAGAAUAUAUCCAAAGAAGAAGACACAAGCCGUACCAUAGCAUCUACCAUCUACAUAAGGUCAAUGGAAAUAUCUGGAUAUAUAUAAGAACUGUAUCGAGCAUCGCAACACACUUCAGGAAAGAGAAGAUAGAAUACCCGUCCGACUCUCAAAUAUGAUAAAAAUAUUCUCAUCGAAUAGGCGGCUGAUCGUGCUAUGGAGUUUAGCGGUGAUUGCAGUGUUCAUGCUGACUCUACAGACAACACCUCGAAUCCUUCCCCAUGCUCGGACAAGAUCAAAGGGUUUGAAUAGGAGCGCUUCCUUACCAAAGGAAUCUCCUUUUCCACUUGUAACCGAUUGUGCGUGUACUUCAACCUCCAGGCAGGAUAGUCUUAACAACACACAGCCCACACCUGACCAAGAAUGUACUACAUAUUCGAGAUUCGAACUUAACAGGAGCUACCAAGUCAACGUCUCAAAUAUCGAUAUCACAUCUAUAGAGGAUACCAUAUUCGGUGACACGCGGUCCCGCGCAGAAACGUUUUUGGAGAACGUGAGCGCAUCCCUGAUGACGUCAGGGAGUGAUAAGUUAACGCCCUACUAUAAAAACCACUCCGCGUUUGUGGAAGCCGAUAGGAGUGGUAUAAUAAUUGGAAACUACACAUAUUCCGCGGGAGGACGAUGGCGGCCAACUCACUGCAAGCCGAAAUGGAAGGUGGCCAUCGUCAUCCCAUAUCGGGACAGGAUACAACAUCUCGCAAUCUUAUUACGUAAUCUCCAUCACCUAUUAAUGCUUCAAAACCUCGAGUUCGGCAUCUUCGUGGCCGAGCAGACCAACGAUCUUGUCUUUAACCGUGGUCUCAUGAAAAACAUCGGUUACAUGGAGUCAACGAACUUUGGUGCUUGGGAUUGCGUCAUCUUUCAUGAUAUUGACCAGAUACCGAUGAGGGCGACAAACUGGUAUGGCUGCGAUGAAAUGCCGAGGCAUUUAUGUGCUUACGCGGAGGAGCUGGGCUUCAAACUCAUGUAUGGAGGUUUGUUUGGCGGCGUGGUGGGGUUAACAGCGGAACAGAUGAAGUCCUCUAACGGUUACUCCAACGUUUAUUGGGGAUGGGGAGCAGAAGAUGACGACCUACGGUCAAGAGUAAAUAAAUUGAAGUAUAAAAUUUACCGCGCCUCGGGGGAAGGCUACUAUAAGACUCUCAAACAUAAGAAGAAGUCGGCAAGUCAAAUCGCUCCAGAAAGGUUUUGUUUAUAUCAACACUUCGCUAGGCGUAUGGAGUGGGAUGGAAUUAACCAUACACGCUAUAACGCGAACGUGACCCUUAACCUCCUGUUCACCCACAUAGCGGUCGACGUCCAAAAAGAAGAAUGGAACACGGUUGCUAAAUGCAAAAAGUAACAUGUGCUUAAAGAGAUUACCGACGUGUGACGUCAUAUACUGGCCAAGUUGUCAACGAAGGAUGCCGGGCAGCGUCUCACGAAACCGUCAUAAGUACAAGUUCACCAACAACCCAUUGAAACGCGUGUUAAACUUAAUACACUCAUUUCAAUAGGAUGUCGGUGAACUUGUAGUUAUGACGGUUUCGUGAAACGGUGCCCUGGUUCCUAACAAGUCUGUGCUCAACAAUGGCAUGGGGAUCACAUCAGCAGUCGAUUGUUGCAGUUGUUUUAGUUUUAACGGCGUGUAUCAUUCAGUUGUGAAUAUUUACGCCACACACUGGAUUUGCCUUGCUCCAUGCAACCCGUUGCUUGAAUAAUUUCUUGGUGAACCUCAUGCGCAGGCUUUGAUGUUUAGAACCAGUAACCUGGACGACGAGCGAAUAUGACGUGAGCACUAAAGUGUUGGAGUCAAGUUCAUGAAAGUUAUGUAAUUAUUAUUUCAUUUAUGCACCGGCGGACAUUCUAUGAAGCCAGGUGGAAGUAUUCUUUGCAAGAGGUAUUCUUGGAGCACCUUCAACAGUUAAACAGUGACUAUUUUAAAAUGCACGCAGUGGUCUUAUCCAUGUUAAAAUGAUCUGUGAAUAUUCGGGGGUCAUUUCCACAAGUACUUUAUCCGAAAUGGCUUAUAGAGCCUCGCUCACACCAGGACUCUAGAAGACAAAGGUUUGCAAUCAAUUGCGAAUUCGAAACAACGAUUCUGAUUGGGUAAUGGCUUUGAAGAACGUUUGCAUGCAACGAUUGUUUUGAUUAGCCAUUGUCAUAUUGCAAUCGAUAGCAACUUUUGUGUAAUGGGGCCCGGAUGUGGUAAAUGGGGUCAGAAUGACAAAAACCUUGGCAUGGAAAACUGAAAUAUAUUUGAAAAUUAAUUCUGUGUUACCUUUUUUACCCGCUGUUUACUGGAACCGGGUUUUGUCUGUAUUAAGUCUAUGGGGAUUAGAUAAAUGUGUAGUAAACGGGUUAAUACCUGCGUUGGUGACCUUUCACCUGUCGUCCUAUGUGUUUUAUCAGACCUAUGUCGUAGCUGGCAGUGAACGCACAUAAACAGACCUAGGACCCUUUCUUCAACUUGGCCAACUGGCCAUCCAAUUCUAACUAUCUUACUGCGCAUAGCCACCUUUACACAGUGUUUAGCCAACUUGGUCUCACUUGGUCACACUAUGGCGUAUAUUCUUUUGUUUUAUGCUCGCCCUGCAAAGCAGUUUUGAAAUAUUGAGCCAAACUCGAACCGGGUUGGUCAAACUCCCCUAAUCAAUAGCACUGAUAUACUGCAUCAGCAUCAGCGCCAGCUACGACACAAGUACAUCGGACGUUCGCUUAAGUCAUUUCAUUUUACUGCGAAUAUAUCUUUUCUUGGAGGGGGGGGGGGGGGUCGUUUGUAUUUAGUUUUGUUUGUUUUGAGUUACCAGGCAGUAGGAAUGACGUCAUAUCGCAUUGUGGAUAAACACAAGUGAACUGACCUACUUUUUGUUUCAUUAAGUGUUGUAUGUCUCCAAACAGAAGUAGUACAAGUCAAAACAGGGUUAAUACAAAUUACAUCAUUAAAUUACAUCAUUCGAAAGUUAAUCAGUUUUUUAAAUCAAAACUAAAUAUAGCUAUCUAUAUGUUAAUACAUGUAUUGGUCACUACAGCACAUAUACAAAAAGAUGAAGAAAAAAAAUAUACACGAUUUUUUUUUCCUUACGAUGACAACUUGUCUCUAAAUACAGAGUGUCUGCCAUAAAUAAAAUGUCUUCUGCCAAUAAGGAAGGAACAUUAUUCCAUGGUUAAUAAAAAAAAAAAAAAAACGUGGAUGGCUGGUCUCGGAAAGUCACUUAUACCAGAAACACUUUAAGUCAAGCGAAGAAAAGGCAGACCUGCUAUUUCCUGGUUGAAAGACAUCCACAUAUGGGAGGAAAAAGCUGCCAGAGUCAACAAGAGAAACGUCAGAGAAUGACGUCACAAACUUGUUAGCUCCAUCUGAAUGAAAGAAGAAGAAUAAAUUGAUAUAGGGGUGAUGAAAUCACCUUCAGUAAUGGAGUCAUUGAUUAUUUUUCAAAAUAAGCUACACUUCUCGUAGGGAGUAAGGUGUACAUUCCGUUUUUUAGCGGAUGCCUGCAUACAGAACUAGUAAAUCUUACCACAGGUCUUCGUGAUAGGCUGUAUAUAGCCCUUUGAAGAUUAACAUAAGAAGAUAACUAUACUUGACCUUUGAUGCAUACGCGCAAGCAGGUUUUAGGCCAUUAAAAUAAUAUAUAUGUUUAGCGUCCCCGCCCGCUUCCUUUUUGGGGGCGCCUCCUAUUUUAUUUA